AUGGCAUCUCGACCACCACAUACUCGAAUGGCUCAGAACUUUCUAUUAAUUUGGUUCGACGAGCUUAGCAACAAUGAUUAUCUGAAUACUAAUGAAAAAUUUCAACAGCUUGUAAAUAUCGUGUACAGAUGUACUGAUAUCGAUGAGUGUAUUGAUUUUAUUACCGAUAACGAAAAUGAUAUUUUUCUAGUUGUUUCUGGAUCAUUAACUGAACUUUUUCUGCGUACUCUUCACGAUAUUUCGCAAGUCCAAGCUAUUUAUGUUUUUGACAAAAAUACUAUUGAGCAACCACAAUUGGAACAAAACUGGGCAAAAGUGAAAGGUAUAUUCGUAAAUAUUGAAUCGAUCUGUGAAGCACUUAGGAACAUCACUCACGAAUAUAAAGAAAAUUCCAUUUCUAUGAGUUUCGUGAAGUCCGAUGAUGCUAUUUCGGAUGAAAAUCUCAAUCAACUCGAUCAUACUUUUAUGUACACGCGAUUAUUGAAGGAAAUAUUAUUUUCUAUUGAUUUCGAACGGCAGCAUAUCAAUGAAUUUCUGACCUACUGUCGCGAACAAUUCAUCCAUAAUAUUUCUACAUUACAGAAAUUGGACAUACUUGAGCAGGAUUAUCACACGCAUGAGCCGAUCUGGUGGUAUACGCAGGACUUCUUCCUUUAUUCAAUGCUCAAUCAAGCUUUACGUACGAUGGAUAUUGAUCAGAUCAUGAAGUUAGGCUUCUUCGUCAAGGACCUCCAUUUGAAUAUAGUAAAAUUAUACUCUCAACAAAAUGAUGGAGCUCGGCACGUCUUGCCUUUUACUGUCUAUCGCGGUCAAGGUCUUUCUCCGGCAGAUUUUAGUCAACUAAUCAAAACAAGAGGUGGAUUAAUGUCGUUCAACAAUUUUUUGUCGACAAGUCUUGAUCAGACAAUAUCAUUCGCUUUUGCUGAAAGCAAUCACUAUAAUCCUGAUUUAAUAGGUAUUCUAUUUCAAAUAUUUGUCGAUCCAUCAAUCUCGUCCACUCCAUUUGCCAGCAUCGAUGAGAGUAGUCAACAUAGAGUUGAAAAAGAAAUUCUUUUUACUAUGCAUACCGUAUUUCGCGUUGGAGAUGUACAACGAAUUCAUGAGAAUAAUCGACUCUGGAAGGUGGAAUUGAUACUAACCAGCGAUACAGAUUCGCAACUUGAAACGUUGACGGAAUGCAUGCGAAAACAAACCCAUUCUUUGUACACCGGGUGGCACAGACUUGGUAAACUUCUUCUUAAAUUGUCUGAUUAUGUUGCAGCCGAAAAACUAUAUGAAACAUUGCUCGAGCGCGCAUCAGAUGAUCGUGAUGAAUUAUAUAUCCACAGUUGUCGGGGACAAAUCAGAGAAGCGCAAGGGAGAUAUGACGAUGCGUUAGCAUGUUAUCAGAAAUCGCUUCAAAUCGCGAAGAAAAAUUCUGAGUAUCAUUUUGAGUUUUCUUCUAUUUAUAAUAAUAUUGGUAUAUUGUAUCUAAAGAUGGAGAAAAACUCGUACGCACUGAUAAAUUUCAAGAAAGCACUUGAGUUUGACCAGAAAAUCUAUUCUCCAAAUCAUAUCACAUUGGCUAGUUAUUACAAUAAUAUUGCUUGUGCGUAUCAACAAAUGGGUAGAGAUCGAGAUGCAAUGCCGUGGUAUAAAAUGGCACUUGAAAUUCAAGAAAAAGAACUCCCGCCAAAUCAUCCCGAUCUGGCUCUUACGUAUAAUAACAUCAGUAGACAGAAUGCUUCUGUGGGUAACUACACUGUAGCUCUUUUCUAUGCUCAAAAAGCGCUCGCCAUAAAUGUAAAAGUACUUCCUCCGCAUCAUGAUCUUCUCUAUCUGUCUUACGAGAGAAUGGGUUCCAUAUACGAACGCCGUGGCGAAGAUGCAAAAGCGCUGUUAUUCUAUCAGAAAGCCAUUGAGAUAUGCGAAAAAAUUUUUCCUCCUGGACAUCCCGAUUUCAUAAAAGUUUUUGACAUGAUGUCAUCUUUAUAUGAUAAGAUAGGCGAAUAUUCCAAGGCACAAACAUACUUUGAAACGGCAUAUGGUUUCAAACAUGCAAUCCCUGUUGUUCCUCACAGCACAACGGAAUCGAUGCAGUACAACAUGAAUGGUAUCCUCACAUUAAAAGAAAAACUGGAAGCAAGUUGCCACCCAAAUGAACCAACGUUAAUGUCUUUGUAUAACAAAAUUGCUUUGACGUAUGAAAGUGAGAAUGAAUUUUUCAAAGCUCUUUUAUAUCACGAGAAAGUGCUGAAAAUUCUUUGGAAAACUCGCCCUCAAAAUUAUCCUCAUCUUGCUGAAUGUUACAAUAAGAUCGCAAUGAUAUAUUACAGUUUGAAUGAUCUUUCUAACGCUCGGACAGCUAUUCAGCAUGCUAUUCAAAUCGGCGAAGAUUCACUGACAGCAGAUCAUCGCGAUCUUCAAGAUUACCGAAGUGACUGGACGAUGAUAAUGUUGAAACUAAUUCUCUCUGAGUUCGUUGAAUCUGAAAACUGUAGUGAGUGA